AAAACGCUUCAGCUUUCAGGAAUGCUCUCUGUAGGUUGCCAUGAGCAAUGAUGAUUUUGAUAUGUGCAACAGAAAUUGACAGUUCUAGCUCUAGCCAACCUUCUGAAAACAACAAGAAGAAAAAGAAUGUUAGGAAGAAUAAGAAUACGGAAACGGAUACAGAUACGAAUUACAAACAAUGGACAGCACGAGAGACUGGGAAACUAUUGGAACUGCUAGUAGAAGUUACACUUGAUAAGAAGAAAGACACUAAUGGAUGUUUUACUAAGAGACUAGUGGUAGAAAAGAUACUUCCAAAACUUAACCAAGCAUGUAAUUGUGACAAAUCUUAUGAGAACUUUAAAGGGAAAUAUAGAUGGUUCAAGAAAAGAUUUGGUGAAUACCAGGAUUUGUUUAAAUCUUGUAUUUCUGGAUUCGGUUGGGAUGACGGUAACAAGAUGAUUACUGGAUCCGACGAGAUGUGGAACAAUUACUUUGAGAGUCAUACAAAGCAAACUCACCUAAGGGAGGAAAAUGGUAGAGACUAUGGUGACUUGCUUAUUGUUUUUUGGGAAUAAAUGUGCAUCUGAAAAAGUUACAGUUGAUCUUACCCAUGAGGGUACAAGUGCUAGAACACGUAAUGAGGAAGAUGAAGAAGAUGAACAAGAUGAUUACUUAGAUGUUGAUGAUACUCAACGAGAGCAAUAUGAUAGAGCUUUUAACGUAUUAUAUGUGGGAUAUUUCUCAGAGGAAAAUGAUGAACAAGGUAAAGAUGAAACUCAAGAUAUGAACACACAGAAAAUUCCUGUCAGAAAAGCGGUACCAAGGAAAAGACCAAGGUGUGAUAUUAGUGACUCUUCUACAUCAACUACUCCUACUGAGCAGUCUGAUUACCUACAGAAAUUGAUUGCCAACAGUUCAUCGAUUGCUUCUUCUAUUGAGUCAAUGCAUGCUCUUAUUGCGAAAGAGAAAGAAGAUCGCAAAAUUGGAAAGGAAAUGCGCAGACUUGAUAAGGAUAAGAAAGAUAACGAAGUAUGGGAUCUUUUUUAUGGCAUGAAUGAAAUUUCUUUGGAAGAUAAGCUGAAAGUAAUUGAAAUGUUGGAAAACAAUCACAAGAAGAACUUAUUCAUACGUUUUACUCCUGAAGAGAGAAAGUUGUGGAUUGGUUCAAAGUUAAAAGCAUAAACCUGUCAUCUUUGCAAGUUUCUGUUAGGCGUAAUGGGAUUUUAGAGUUACAACAUU